AUGGUAUCAGAGCGGCAACGAAGCUACGCUGCGGCAGUGACGACGAACACCACCGGCAACAACAAUCCUAUGGAGAAUGUGGCAGGCUCUUCAAGCCAGACAGCGAUGAACCCUAAUCAGAGGAGUGAAGAGUUCGAUGAUCCUCUGUACCUUCAUGUAACGGAGAAUCCUAACUUGAGUCUAGUUUCGCCACAGUUGACAGAGCUUAAUUAUGCUUCCUGGAGCAGAUCAAUGAGGAUCGCUCUUGAAGUAAAGAACAAGUUUGGAUUCGUUAUCGACGCCGUCCCGGUUCCAGACAGAGCUGAUCCUAGACUAGCUUCCUGGGGGAGAUGCAACCGAAUCGUUUGCUCCUGGAUCUUAAAGUCAAUCAGUCCGAGCAUUGCGGAGAGUGUCAUGUACUUUGACAAGGCUUCGGAUAUCUGGAAAGCUCUUGAGAAGAGAUAUUCGCAAUCCGAUCCACAUAGAAUCUCUGAGAUCCAGAAUGAAAUCUUCAAAAAUGUUCAAGGGAAUAUGACUAUGAAUGAGUACUUUACCAAGAGCAAUGCUCUUUGGCAACAAAUGAAUUCUCUGAGACCUUUGCUUCUAUGCGAGUGUGUUCCGAGGUGCUCAUGCACUUUGGUAAGCAGAAUGCAGAAGCAGAGAGAGGAGGAUCAGAUAAUCCGCUUCCUAGAAGGACUAAACGAAGAGUAUGAAGCCAUUAAGUCGGGAGUGCUAGUCAUGGAUCCAAUUCCAGAAAUGGAAAAGGUUCUAAACAUGACUUUAAAAGUUGAAAGGAAGAUUAGAGGAUCUCUUAGUCAGAAAAGUGGUGCUUUGGCUCAAUCUAAUGCCAUUCAGAACCAAGUGGAGGAGGAACCAUCAGUUGUGGCAGCCUCUACCCUUAACAAUAAGAAGAAGUUCACCAACAACAUGGGGAGGAGUGUACCUAAGUGCACCUUUUGUGAUAAAACUGGACAUACUGUUGAAAAAUGCUAUAAAAAGCAUGGAUUCCCUCCUGGAUGGGUGGCAGGUUAUAAAUCAAAGAACAGACACACUCAGGGAGCACAACAGGCUUCUAAUGCUGCUAUGAGCCAAGUAGCUGAUAUAGGUAUAUCCACUGAUCAAUUGCAAAAACUGUUGUCUCUUUUGCAGAACCAAAAUCAAACUACAAACACUGCUGCUGUGACUGUCACCACACCCAGGAUCAGGUCGGAUUUUGGGGAGUCUCAUGAUGAAGGUAAACUUGUUUAUCCUCAGAUCAAUACUGUCUUAAAUUCACAAAGCAUUUGGAUUUUAGACUCAGGAGCAACAGACCAUAUUAGUUGCUCCCUAGAUUACUUUGAAAUGCAUCACAAAAUCUGUGGAGUUUCUGUUAAGCUCCCUAAUGGAGAAACUGUAAAGGUAACUCAUGUAGGACAAAUCAGACUUGAUGAGAAUGUUUUACUUCAGAAUGUGUUGUUCAUUCCAUCUUUUGCUUUCAACAUUGUUUCUGCUAGUAAGUUGACUAAGCAGUCAGAUUGCAAACUUGUCAUGGAGGCUGAUUUUUGUGCUAUUCAAGGCCCUCAUGGAAUGGUGGAUGGUUUUGCUAAGCAAAAGGAUGGAUUGUACUUGAUUAGUGCUCUCCCUGUGAGGAAAGGGACUCAGCAUGUUGAUAAGAAUGUUGAAAAAUUAUGCAGUAAUGUGUCUGUUCAAAUUUGGCAUAAUAGACUAGGACACUACCCUGUCAGCAAACUACCUUUGUUGAAUGGAAUAAAAUCUGCUUUCAUUAAUAAAGAAGUCUGA